AUGACCUCUCAAACGAACCAACAGCUACCAUCCACGCAGGACUCUCCUCCCAAUUCCAGCGGUGUUAGGCGACAUCACACUAUCAGUGCGGCAUCUAGGUCUGCACGAUCAGGUGCUCGAGAAGCCAUAUCGGAGGAAGUUCAAAAUCAGGAGCUCUGGAACGAUGAUGAAGUUGUAGGAGAUGAUUGGGUUGGAGGUGUUGGUGCAGUCGGCGAAAAAAGUUCACUUCACAGACAGAGCUCGCUUCCGACACGAUAUCAUCGCGCAUUCCAUGGCUCUGGAACGAAAUCAGGAACUCUGACUCCCAAGACUAUGAACAGCUUGACCGCAAUCGCAGGGCACGAAGGUGAUGAAGACGAAUGGGAACGUGAGAUCGGUGGAUAUGCUGUUCACGACGAUGAGCAAGCUCAGGCUACACCAGAUCCCAAUAUCGACAACUUCCAAGAAGUGCCUGAUGACUCUUCACCUCCACCAGCCACAUCUGGCGUCCGACGCCACGUUUCGAUGGGUGCAGGCACGACUCGUUCCAAACUUGGUGGUCUUAAGCGGUCUGGUACCCUUCAGACGCCAGUUCAUCACGCUUCCAGUGCAGCGGAUCAAAGUGCAGUAGCAGGAACAACCCAGGCUGAAGAAGAGCAAUACGAGUAUACCUACGGAGAAGACCCUUACGAUGCGUAUGAGCAAUACGGUGGCCCAACAAGUCCGGUCGGAAGAUCCUCUCCUUGGGCCACAGCCUCUGGGAAUACCGGUGGUACCGGAGGUGACUGGCGUGCCCCUGGUGCAUCAGGACUUGGUCCUGGAGGAGGAAAUGGCGGGGCAGCUAUUGAUGAUGUCCAGCGAGCGUUAUUCUCUCUCGAUAUCAACAACAGUGGAGCAGGGCCGACUUAUAAUGGCCCAUACGGACAGAGUGCGCAUCCGCCACGAUUCAAUAACAAUACACAGACACAAGCUGGGACUGGUAUGCGAGGUGGUAGUGGACCAGCUGGCAGUGGAAAUGGAAAUGGAAGAUCUGCCCCCGAUUUCGACGGGCGUAAAACCCCCUUGCAGGCCGGACCGUGGGAUCAAAACAAAGAGAGAUCGCUGCAGGGACGAGUAUCGAAUCCCAAUCUACAGUACUCGUAUCAUCAAAAGUCACCCUCUGGAGGCAGUACUGGUGGUGGAUUCGCCGGCAAUGGCGGGGACAAAAUCCCGGACGUUCCACCGAUACCUGCCCAGUACCUUCAACAGAGAGGCGCUGGUGCUGGCAAUAACCUUGGAGGCCAGGAAAGUGAGGGCAAAAAUUUCGGUCCGGUCGAUGUACCGGCUUUGAUUGCUAGCAAAGGUUAUAACCCUGCGCACUUUGAUAUCAAGCCACCUUAUGCUCGCUACUUCGUGAUUAAAUCGUACACGGAAGACGAUGUGCACAAAUCGCUCAAGUACGAGAUCUGGAGUUCCACGGAUCCAGGAAACAAGCGUCUCGACAAGGCAUUCAAAGAAUGCGCCGGAAGGGGCCCGAUAUAUCUGUUCUUCAGUGUGAACGCCAGUGGUCAUUUCUGUGGUAUGGCCGAGAUGUUGACACCAGUCGACCAUACGCGUAGUAGCACUGUUUGGGCGUCGGACAAAUGGAAGGGUGUGUUCAAAGUACGAUGGAUCUUCGUCCGAGACAUUCCCAACGUACAUUUGAGGCACAUCAAGCUGAACAACACUCAAGAACGGAAGCCGGUCACUCAGUCGCGGGACACUCAGGAACUCCUUCCCGAUGCUGGUCAAGAGAUGCUCAGGAUCUUCCACACGCAUCCGGCCAGAACGUCCUUGUUGCAAGACUUUGCCUUCUACGAGUUGCAAUCGAUGCAGAAAGUUCAAGCCCAGUCUGGCGCGUCUUCUCCUACUGGAUCUUUCUCCCCACAACUCCAAAAUAUGGCGCCUGUUCAACCGCAGGGCGGAAACUCAGGCGGCCAAUCUCCUCAGCCUCAAAACAUGUUCCCCAACCCCAACAUGAUGGCCUACCAGAUGCCUCAGAUGACGUUGAUGCAAAUGCAGAUGAUGGGAAUGAUGGGAGGCAUGGGUAUGGGUAAUGUGGGUGCUCCAGGCAUGGGUGGCGGAUACGCAAUGCAGCAGAGCGUUAUGCGGAAUCCUAGUGGAAACCAGACGCAGCAAGGACAAGGACAAGGACAGCAGCAGCAGCAAAGCGGACAGCAAGGAUUCAGCGGGUUUUAA